AUGUCCGACAACGGCAGCAAUGCGUCCCGGCGAUCUUCCUCCCAGACCUCCCAUGCUUCGGCCGAAUUCAAGAAGGCUAGAACCCUCAGAGGCAUGCCGAAGCGCCAUGGCUCUAAGAAUUCCUCCAGAUCCAUCGAAGAAGACGAUCCUGCCUUGACCUCCUUCCCAUCCUUCUCGCCAGAGCCAGAGACAAGGUCGUCCAAUAUUAUUCAAGAGCUGGGACCAAGACCUGCACGGACAAUAUCACAGAAAGUGAGGGAGAGAAAGGCAACUCUUGCAGGUCUAACUAGCGCAUCCCCGUCUUUGAACAAACAGAACGCCUUGUUUGAUGACUCCCCGCGGUCGUCUCUGGAUAUUCCGGGCUCUCUACACCUCGCGAGCGACGACCAUAUUGAGAGGCUCAUUAGCAGGACCGGGGCAGUAAAGUUGGUGCGACAGUAUGCGUCGGAUCUUGCUCAGCGUGAUGCCGAGAUCUCGGCUCUCAGAAUUCAUGCAGACCAGAGAGAAAGGGAACUGAAGAGGCUAUUGCGGGAGGCUAACGUCUCUACAGCAGAAGUGGAAAGAAGACUCCUCCGACUGGAACAAGGGAUAGCCAGCUCUAGCCAUCAGGAGUUAUCUGGCUCGGCAGACCAGUUAGCAUCUGCAGCUUCCUUGGAUGACAUGAUGAGCGAAGCAAUGGCGGAUGGUAUCGUGGUCAGAAGUCCAGUUGAGAGUACCUACUAUGGUGACUCCAGCCAUGCACCUCAGAGUCCCAAGGCCGCUUUCCAUGCUGAGCUCCACGACGGUCGCAGCAGGAGUGGUUCGAUGAUAUCUACACACGCGAAGGCGAGCCAGAAUACCAGCAGGGCUAACAGCAUUAUCAGCGAAGGCAGCCAGGAUAUGGAUGCAACAUUGCGACCAAGGGUGGCCAGCUCCAACUCCAGCAAGGUGUCUGGGUUGCAAAGUAUCUUCCAGCCACCUGGUCCGUCGUCAGGGUCCAGCUAUUUCAUUGGCGGUAGAUCCUUGAGAAAGCCCAAAGUAGGCGACGAAGCCAGCGUCAGGUCGAAUCAGUCAGGCCGGUCUUUCGCUUCCUGGACGCAGAUCUUCAGUGGCAAGUCUCAGAAUGGUCGAUCUAGAGCGUCGUCCCUGGGACAAGAAGGCAGUAACCCGGGAGGGGCGAGCGAGGCUGAAGCUACACCUGCAAAUCUAUCGAAAACACGUACCAACCCAUCCCACCCUGCUACCAAAUCCUCACUGUCUCUACCUCCCAGUGGCAACGCGCCAAACUGGCCUCCCGCGAAACGCACGCCGACGCCGAGUCGACUUGCUGCGACUCCUAGUCACACACGAAAAGAAUCAAAUGCAAGCAGUUUGCCUCCAACCGUCGAGCUAGACUCAAUGAUUGAGAGUUCACAACUGCCACCAACCAUGACUAGUCAGAAUAGUGACAAUUAUGGACUCCUGACAGACAGAUUCGGCUUCAUUUAUGAUCAGAAACGUCGAAAGCGUCAAACUCUACAGGUGCGGCAACACAAACGAAACAAAAUCAGUGGUGCAGAGACCAUAGCUAGCUUCCGGGCUGCAGAGGGCACCGAGUCUGAAGAUGUUUUGGCAGACAGACCGGCAACGCCAGCUUCACUGGAUGACGAAACCGUCAAAAAGUCAUGGCAGGACUAUCUGAAAGUCACCGCGGGUCUGCCUUCGGGCAGGCCCAGAGAGCUCCUAUCCCACACCCCCUCUGCUGGAGCGGUUGUCACGGUCACCACGGUGGACGCGGCGGGCAUGACGACGCCACCGCACCGUUCGCGGGAAACGUCUAUUUCAGUCUCUGCUGCAGCUCAAAAGGCUCUUCCGAGUACCAGUGUUGUGACAGAACCGCAACAUACUGCUGUGACGGCGAUUUCAUCAGACUUCGCAGCCGACUCGGAGACGGACGCUUCGGGCGAUUCUGGCCCCACGAAACUGCUUCUGGAGCAGCUAACAGACCUGCACGACGCCCUUCAAACGGAGAGGUCUGCCAGAUGGAAUGACUUCCUGCGGCGUGUGCGAGCCGAGAGGGCGAACAACCUGGAUCGGGCGUCCAACAAUACCCCGGAAGCAGAUUUGCUCAAUGGGGAGCUAAUCGGGAUUGCGACUCUUGGGCGGUCUAAGCAGACGAAGAACAAGUACUUGCACUUCAAGGCAUUAGUUCUCGGCGGCAUACCAGUUUCUCUUCGGCCCAAGAUCUGGGCCGAAUGCUCGGGAGCAAGUUCGCUACGGAAUCCGGGAUACUACGAAGAGCUAGUUGCUCGGUCGCAAGAAGGAGCCGACAUCGAUCCUGACAUAGCCGGUCAGAUCAAGGCGGACGUCCGUCGAACAUUGACGGAUAACGUCUUCUUUCGCCACGGGCCUGGCGUGCAGCGACUGGAAGAGCUACUGAGGGCGUAUUCGCUCCAUAAUCCUCGCAUCGGAUAUUGCCAAGGAAUGAACCUCAUCACAGCAUCUCUCCUACUCAUCUGUGCGACAGCAGAAGACUGUUUCUGGCUGCUGGUUGCCAUCAUCGAUGUCAUCCUUCCCAGCCAGUACUUUAGUUCAACCCUACUCGUGGCACGGGCCGAUCAGGUCGUUCUUCGUCAAUACGUCGCAGAGGUCCUACCAAAGCUGAGCGCGAAGUUGGAAGAGCUUGGGGUUGAGCUUGAGGCAUGCACCUUCCACUGGUUUUUGUCUUUGUACACUGGUGUCUUGACCGGUGGAGAAGCCCUCUACCGUGUCUGGGAUGUAAUUCUCUGUCUCAACAGCUCCGAUGCGAUCCCGUAUGCAUUCAGAGAGGCUAGGAAUUUGACUGUCGAUAUGUCCUCGCUCAAUUUGAGUGCGCCAUCUACACCGGUGACACCCACGAUCCCCAGUGGGCAAGGCGAAGACGGAGAGCAUGACGGCACCAGCUCGCCGUUCCUCUUCCAACUAGCGUUGGCUUUGCUCAAGCUCAAUGAAGCUGCCAUUCUGGCGCUCGACUCGGCCGCCCAGGUGUACACGUACAUCAACCACAACAUGACGAACCACGCAAUCAGCAUCGAUGCGUUGGUGCAGGCCAGCGAGGCACUGAGAACCCGGGUGAAGAGAAGCGAGGUCCUGGAGAGGAGGAAGGCAGCGAUCAAAGCACUAGGGCCCUGA